AUGUGCCUUUAUGGCUACACAUCAUCCCAGAUUGGAGACAGUAGUGGCGAUGUGCUGUGGAAUGUCUACGGGGACUGCGAUAACUACGCCACCCUGAAGGGACACAGCGGGGCAGUUAUGGAGCUGCACUAUAACACAGACGGGAGCAUGCUCUUCUCAGCAUCCACAGACAAAACCGUGGCUGUGUGGGAUAGCGAGACUGGAGAGAGAGUGAAGAGGCUGAAGGGCCAUACCUCGUUUGUUAACUCCUGUUACCCAGCGAGGCGAGGACCCCAGCUUGUCUGUACAGGCAGUGACGAUGGGACAGUGAAGCUGUGGGAUAUCAGGAAAAAAGCUGCUGUCCAGACGUUUCAGAACACAUACCAGGUCUUGGCUGUAACUUUCAAUGACACCAGUGAUCAGAUCAUAUCCGGAGGCAUCGACAACGAUAUUAAGGUGUGGGACCUUCGCCAGAACAAGCUCACUUACACGAUGAGAGGACACGCGGACUCGGUGACAGGCCUCAGUCUGAGUUCGGAAGGCUCCUACCUGCUCUCCAACGCAAUGGACAACACGGUUCGCAUCUGGGACGUGCGACCGUUUGCCCCUAAAGAGAGAUGUGUAAAGAUUUUCCAGGGGAACGUGCAUAAUUUUGAAAAGAAUCUUCUGAGGUGCUCUUGGUCCCCGGAUGGGAGCAAAAUAGCAGGGGGAUCGGCCGACAGGUUUGUCUACGUGUGGGACACCACGUCCAGGAGGAUUUUGUACAAGCUGCCAGGCCACGCUGGGUCGGUGAACGAACUGGCCUUCCACCCAGAGGAACCAAUUAUACUCUCCGCGUCCAGCGACAAAAGACUGUACAUGGGGGAGAUCCAGUGAAGCCGACGAGGAGACGGUGGAUUCGUGCCCUCGCGAUCCUUGGUUUGCAGAAGCUGGAUUGGCUUCCCUCUCACCGGUGCCAGCCCCCCUCACACUUGUGGCGGUGGGAAAACGUUGAAGCAGCUUGAUGUGACAAGCCGCCCUCUCGCAGGCUGUAAUGUCUGCCUGGUCUCGCUGUACAGCUUUUUUCCAUCCCCCCCUUCUUCGGGGAGGAAGGAAAAUUUGGAAUUGAAAAGAAUUUCGUUUUGGCUGUACCACCGACUAUUAAACCCUUACCCAGAUCACUUGAAAUUGGUAAAAUUUGUUUAAAUUCCGUAUGUGGCUUGUAUAUUCCCUGUCCAGUUUCUCUUGUUGUUUUUUUUAUACGGUCAAAACUGAAAUAGAUAGCUUUUUACAA